AUGGAAGCACAAAGCUUUGACCAUGCCGAAAUUAUUGAAACCAGGGCAUGUGGGGAAGUACCAUGUGCACUUGUUGAUGCUGGGUCCCUCUCUCGAGAUUCAAUAGAGCAAUCAUUGGCAAUGCGAAAGCUUUGGAUUGCUAUAAUCCUCACUAUCAUUUUUACGAGUGUUGAACUAUUCGGUGGCUUUAAAGCCAAUAGUCUUGCCAUUUUGACUGAUGCAGCACAUUUGCUUCCAGAUGUCACAGCCUUUGGCAUCUCCUUGUUCUCUUUAUGGGCUGCUGGAUCGGAUGCCACACCCCGUCAUUCCUAUGGAUUUUUUAGAAUAGAAAUUCUUGGUGCCUUGGUUUCUAUUCAACCAACAUGGCUGCUUGCAGGGUUUUCUGGUACACCAAGCCAUUAUAAGAAUAAUUGA